UCAGCUGGAAGGGAGGGGGCCUUCGGGCUUGUAGGACGGCCGAUGAAACGACGCCCACACUUGCUGCGUUGGAUGAGUGAACGAAUAUACACAGUGCAUGCAGACGGACGGAUAAACAUCGGUUGGUGAGAGCAUUUGUGUGGUCGGGACGGUACAUACCAGUGUGUCCCAGCCCCUGAGCAACACUAGCUGUGCUUCCUGGCUGAUGAAGUCAUUCACCACAUCGGCGAACUUGUCGCACGCAGCCUGCACACACACAAGAAUGCGCAUAUGGAUGCACACGUGCAUAUUUGUCUUCGUGGUGGUGGUGGUGGUGUCCUGCAGCAUGUCGUGUGGCCAGUAGGUCAUGAUGAAAAAGACCUGCACACGCAGAGAGAUGGGGAGAAGUGAUAUCCUCACCCACCCACCCACCCAUGCACAUGGCCACGUGUGUGAUGCGCACCUGCGUGCACUUGCCCUGCUUCAUGGUGGCCUUCCACGCCCAGUUGAGACCGCCCUCCUUCUGACCCAGACGAUCUGCGUGUCAUGAACCAAUGCACCAGGUCAAGAAACACACACGUGUUCGGUGAUCGUGUGUGUCUGCCUGUGACAUGUGCCAUACGGUGUUCGUCGAGCACGGGAGUCUCGUCGACUUUGAUGGUCAGCUGAUCCACAGCAGAGUGCCGCGGAUUGUCCACAGUGAGGGCGCCCAUCUGCGUUAAUGAAUGCAUGUCCACAGAGAGACUCGUGGAUGCGUCCGGUGUGCGUGUGUGUUGUGUCGUCUGCGUACCUUCACAUAGUUGGCGAUAAAGAAGUCGCGCAGGAAGCGAAUGAAUGAGUUGUCGAAGUCGCACCGAGGGCCGUCCUCUGCACACAGAUGAAUAGAGCACACCCAUGUACGGAUACACACAUCCGUUCAUCCCAUCGCAUCCACGAUUGUGUGUGUGAUAUGCGCACUUGGAUGUUUGGAGGUCUGGAGGUCACUCGCCUCCAGCUUGCGGCAGUGGUUGGGGGGCCGCUGAUACUCACACACGGGUCCACACAGCCUUUUCUGGGUCGACGUCCGUGUGGUCCAGAUGUGUUUGCUCUGUGGAUGUGUGUAUGGCCACCCACAUGAUACAGGUGUUUGCUGAGGCCCCUGUACUUCUCGCGCAGCCGCGUACUGGAAUACACACGCGGCCGCCCGUAUGGUUGUAUUUGUGUGCCAGUGAGCUCACCGUUCGACAGCAGCCGCCACUCGCUGCACUUGUCCGUCAGGAUGUCAUCCACCUGCAUACACACACACACGGGAGCAGCGGUGCAUGCGUAUCGCGUCGCAAUUGUGUGUCUGACCUGAUAUGCCCAGGCAGCGGCACCCUGAUAGUUGAUGAACUGACCACACCAACAACAGGCGAGCACGUCUAACAAGUACUGGUUGGUGAUGCAUCAUGUGCCCACACACAGACGUACGUCUUCGUAUGUCCCGGCGCCAUGCAGGAAGGUCUCAAGGAGUCGAUCCCCCUGCACACACACGCAUAUCGGUGUGUCUGUCUGUCUGGAGUAAACGUACCAAAUCUCUGUCCUGUGUAGUCUCCUGCCGAGCUCGGACUCCCUCCGUCACUGCCAACGUCGCCUCGGCCGUCAUGGCGCUGCGGGCUCUCACCUGCACACACAAAGGUCACAGACGGGUGAGUGGGAUGCGCUCUCGAUUGGUGCAUCAUACAAUCAAUACUCAGCCCGGUCAU